CCGGAAGUGGCAGUUGAAUUGUCGCGAGCUCCACACUUCUCUCCCCCUGUCUAAAAUCGAUAAGUGAUCGAUUUUCUUCAUGGUUAAGAUUGCGUGGGUCAAGUAACGUGCUCACAGAAGGGGUUCGUCAUGGCCUUGAAAAGGAGAAGGGCGACAUCCCCCUCUAGCAGUGUGAGUGGAGGAGAUUUUGACGAUAGCCAGACUUCAUCGUUAGUCUCUUCAAUUGGGAGAAAGAGGAGAAGGACCUCAAACAUUCCAACUGUGGAUCCUAUUGCUGUAUGUCAUGAACUGUACAACACGAUCAGAGAUUACAAGGAUGACCAGGGCAGGAUGUUGUGUGAGCUGUUCAUCAGAGCCCCCAAACGAAGGAAUCAACCAGACUAUUACCACGUGGUGUCUCAGCCUAUUGACAUGAUGAAGAUACAGCAGAAAUUAAAGAUGGAGGAGUAUGAUGAUGUUGAACAACUCACCAGUGACUUUCAGCUGUUAUUCAACAAUGCAAAAACAUAUUACAAGUCUGACAGUCCUGAGUACAGGGCAGCCUGUAAACUGUGGGACCUUUACCUGCGAACCAAGAAUGAAUUUGUUCAGCGAGGGGAAUAUGAUGAGGAGGAUGAAGAUGGGUACGAUGCGCAAGACAACCCCGGAGGGUCCACUGAGGAUGAGAGCGCACCUACUUGCUUGAAAGAGGUCCUCGAGCAGCUUCUUGAUGCUGUGGUGUCUUACACUGAGCCCACUGGCCGUCUGGUCAGCGAGCUGUUCCAGAAGCUCCCCUCUAAAAUGCAAUACCCAGAUUAUUAUGCCAUCAUUAAGGAACCAAUAGAUCUGAAAAUCAUUGCUCAAAAGAUUCAGUUGGGCCACUACAGGAGUGUCAGUGCGAUGGCUAAAGAUAUAGAUUUGCUGGUCAAGAAUGCCAAAACUUACAAUGAGCCUGGAUCGCAAGUGUUUAAGGAUGCAAACACCAUCAAAAAGAUUUUUGCACAAAAGAAGUCUGAGAUGGAACAUGGAGAACCAAUCAAGUCCAGCAUUCGUAUCAGGAACAGAAGAUCCGCCCAGGGGGACCGCCUCUCAGCUAUCACUAUGGCUCUUCAGUACGAAAGUGAUGAGGAGGGAAUACUCUCUGGUUCUGUCCACUAUGAUGAGGGGGAAUCUGAGGCAGAGAGUAUGACCUCUAACAUGGACAUGAGUAAUCCCAUCUUCCAGCUGUAUGAGGCUGUACGAGGUGCCAGGAACAGUCAGGGUCAGCUGAUCUCUGAGCCUUUCUUGCAGCUGCCCUCCAGAAAGGACUACCCCGACUACUACCACCAGAUCACUCAACCCAUCUGCCUUCAUCAGAUCAAGAACAAGAUGAAGAACAAUGAAUACGAGAGCGUUGAGCAUGUUGACUCUGAUCUGACGCUGAUGUUUGAGAAUGCCAAACGCUAUAAUGUUCCUCACUCCUCCAUCUACAAGCGUGCGCUCAAACUCCAACACAUUCAGCAGAUGAAGAGAAAGGAGCUUUUGCAGAGGGAUGAUGAUGAUGGAGACAGCAUGCUCUCCUCUGCCACGUCUGACACCAGUAGCACAAAAAGGAAAAGUCACAAGAAGAAUACAAAGAAAAACCGAAUGAAAAUUCUCUUUGCCGCUGUGACUGAGGCACGAGAAGCUGGCACCGGUCGGAGACUGUGUGACCUUUUCAUGGUCAAGCCCUCGAAGAAGGACUAUCCCGACUACUACAAGGUCAUCCUAGAACCAAUGGACCUCAGGACCAUUGAGCACAACAUCCGCUCAGACAAGUACUUGACUGAAGAUUCAAUGGUGGAAGAUAUGAAGCUGAUGUUCCGCAAUGCUCAACACUACAAUGAAGAAGGCUCUCAGGUCUACAAUGAUGCUGACGUCUUAGAGAAGAUUAUGAAAGACAAACGCAAGGAUCUUGGGCCAGCAUCAGAUGACGAUGACAUGAUGUCCCCAAAGCUGAAAAUAAGAAAGAACAGCAUUACUCUGAAGAAGUCCAAGUACUUAACACCCUUACAGCAGAAGCUGAACGAGCUUUAUGAGGCUGUCAAGAACUACACAGAUAAACGGGGCCGUCGGCUCAGCACAAUCUUCUUGCGAUUGCCAUCUCGCGCCGAGCUGCCUGAUUACUACAUCGCCAUCAAGAAACCUGUGGACAUGGAGAAGAUCAAGAGCCACAUGUUGGCUAAUAAGUACCAGGAUGUGGACGCUCUGGUGGAGGACUUGGUGCUCAUGUUCAACAACGCCUGCACAUACAACGAGCCUGAGUCUCUGAUUUACCGCGACGCUCUCGUGCUGCACAGGGUGCUGUUAGAGACGAGGCGUGACCUGGAGGGAGGAGAUGACGCCCACGUGCCCGACGUGCCCCGCCUCAUCCAGGAACUCAUACGCAGCCUCUUUGUCUCCGUGCUUGGGCACCAAGAUGACGAGGGCCGUUGCUAUAGUGAUUCACUGGCUGAGAUUCCUGCCCUAGAUCCUGCAAAUCCUGAGAAGCCACGACUCAAUUUUGAGAUUAUCAGGACUAAUGUAGACCGAGGACGUUAUAAGAGGCUGGAUGUGUUCCAGGACCACAUGUUUGAAGUGCUGGAAAAAGCCAGACGAUUGAAUAGGACAGAUUCCGAGAUCUUUGAAGAUGCUGUGGAGCUGCAGCAGUUCUUCAUCCGGAUCAGAGAUGAGCUGUGUAAAAACGGAGAGAUCUUGAUGUCUCCUGCUCUCAGCUAUACCUCCAAACACCUGCAUAGUGAUGUGGAAAAGGAGAAGAAAGAGAAGCUUCCCAAGGAGUUUGAGGAGGACAAAAUCAAGAGGGAAGAGGAAAAAAGGGAAGCUGAGAAGAGAGAAGACUCUGCCGGAGGAUCGUGGCAGUCUAGCCUGCAGCGCACAUACAGUCAGGACUGCAGCUUCAAAGACAGUAUGUACCACGUGGGAGACUAUGUGUAUGUGGAGCCUGCAGAGCCAAACCUCCAGCCUCAUAUCAUCUACAUUGAACGCCUUUGGCAAGACGACACUGGUGAGAAGUGGCUGUAUGGCUGCUGGUUCUACAGGCCAAAUGAAACAUUUCAUCUAGCCACAAGGAAGUUCUUGGAGAAGGAGGUUUUUAAGAGCGACUACUACAACAAAGCUCCUGUCAGCAAGAUUCUGGGCAAAUGUGUGGUCAUGUUUGUAAAGGAGUACUUCAAACUUCACCCAGAGGGCUUCAGAGCCGAGGAUGUUUACGUCUGUGAGUCACGCUACUCUGCCAAGUCCAAGUCCUUCAAGAAGAUCAAGAUGUGGGCCAUGCCCUUGAGCUCUGUUCGGUUUUUUCCCAGAGAGGUACCGCUACCUGUCGUCCGUGUGGCAUCCAUGUUUGCCCCCAAACAAGAGGAGAAACCACCAGAAAUAACUGAUGAAAGCAAAGUAACGGGUGAUGUUAUUGUAGACAAGGAGAGAGAGGAUGUUCCGAUGGAUAUGACCAAUGGGGAACCAGGGUGUCAGUACUACGAGCAGCUCUGCUACAACAACCUGUGGCUGAAAGUGGGAGACUGUGUUUAUAUUGCUUCUCAUGGACUAGUGCGCCACCGAGUGGGCAGGAUUGAGAAAAUGUGGAUGCGAGAUGGAGCAGGCUACUUCUUUGGUCCAAUCUUCAUCCAUCCAGAGGAAACAGAGCAUGAGCCCACUAAGAUGUUCUACAAGAAGGAAGUGUUCCUUAGCAACCUCGAGGAGACUUGUCCUAUGACCUGCAUCAUAGGGAAGUGUGUGGUGUCGUCCUUCAAAGACUACCUAUCGUGUCGGCCAACUGAAGUGCCUGAAGAGAAUGUCCUGCUCUGUGAGAGCCGCUACAUUGAGAGUGAGAAGCAGAUGAAGAAAUUCAAGGGUCUUAAGCGCUUUUCACUCUCUGGGAAGGUGGUGGAGGAUGAAACCUACUAUUUUAGGAAGCUCAUCGUGCCCCAGAAGGAGCCAUCCCCUCUGCUGGACAGGAAAAUUGAGGAACUGGAGGCUAAGUUUGCUGAUAUGACAGAUGAGGAGCUAGAGGAUCUUGGGGAUGAUGAUGGCGAGCUAGGGGACCAGUCUCUUCCUCAGAUGCAAUCUUCCAUGUCUAGUGACAUGGAUAUCAUGCCUUACACUCCUCCGCAGUCCACGCCAAAAUCCAUAAAGGGCCUUUCAAAGAAGGAGGGCUCAAAGCGGAAGAUCAACAUGAGCGGCUACAUUCUGUUUAGCAGCGAGAUGCGAGCUGUCAUCAAAGCCCAGCACCCAGACUUUUCCUUCGGGGAGUUGAGCCGCCUCGUUGGCACAGAGUGGAGGAACCUGGAGAGCUCCAGGAAAGCAGAAUAUGAAGAGCGAGCAGCUAAAGUGGCCGAGCAGCAGGAGCGUGAGAGGGCCCAUCAUCUGACGUCCCCUAGAGCAGGUACCCCAGUAGGGGCACUGAUGGGGGUGGUGCCUCCCCCAACCCCCAUGGGGAUGCUAAAUCCCAGCAUGACGCCUGUGUCAGGUAUGAUGGAUGCAUAUAGGUCAGCUAUGAUGCCCCCACGGGGCCACAUUGCAGGCAUGGUUAGUAUGACUGGCAUACCACCGCAUCACAUGGGGGUGCCUGUCUUUCCCCAACAUCUCCUGCCUGUUAUGCCUGGGUUUCCUGGAAUGCCAUACGUUGGUGUCAGUGGCAUGGGAGGUGGACCUGGAGCAGGAAAUGUUCAUGGAUCCCAGAUGGGUUUGAUGGGCCCAGGGCAGCAGGCUCCACCACCGUACCCGGGACAUGGUCAGAUGGGACAACCUGCGCUCCAGCAGCCCUCCACCCCGGUGUUUGUGUCUCCACCGGCCAAGUCUCAGCGGCUGCUCCACUCCGAGGCGUACCUCAGAUACAUUGAGGGCCUUACUGCAGAGUCCUCUACCAUUAGCAAGUGGGACCAAACUCUCUCAGUUCAAAAACAAGAUGUGCGCCUGACAAAAGAGCAGGAGAGCAGACUGCCAUCCCACUGGCUGAAGAGUAAGGGGGCCCACAAGACAAUGGCAGAUGCACUUUGGCGAAUCCGUGACUUGAUGCUGCGAGACACCCUAAACGUCUGUCAGACGCACAACCUGUAGCAUGCUUGUAUUCUGAGCCUCUGUUCCCUCUUUACCUGUGAGACAGGAAGAGGAUUAAGCUCACUAAAAGUGUUCACUUUGUGUUGUCAUUUAAAAAAUGUGUUUGUAGCCAUGAAAGCUUUCUGUGUUGAAGCUGUUUUUUUGUUUUACAUUUCAAAUAUGCUGUUCUAAGUGCAUUAUUGUUAUUGACUGUCUUUCUGUGAUGACUGCCUUCAUGCUUUCACAAAUAAAAUGUGACGAGUUCA